GUAUUCAGUAGCCGAGAAACACUUUUAAUCCGUGGCUGUUUCUGCCCAACACCGAGCACUUUACGAGAGAGCAAAGCGUUUCGAGUUUAUUUCGUUCCCAGCGUGUAAAUCAUGUAGAGAAGGCGCGCAGGUGCUGCAGCUGCUAUUUUAUUGCAGUUAUAUAAAGAGAUUCAGUAACUUUAAUGCGACUUUUAAAGUGAAGCCUGCGUUUUGUAGAGAAGAUAUUUUGACAGAAAUUGUGCUAGGCGAUGUAGAAGCGGUAAAACUGGAGGAAUUGACUGUAAUUUAGUGCCGUCAUGGAGGUCCGAAAGGCGCUCACGUGUGUUUUGCUCACCGUGUUUCUGUGUUCUGGAGGAGACGCUCAGGACUCGGUACCUGAUUCAGUGUUGAAUUGCUGUGAGGGCGAUGUCCUCUUCCUCCUGGACUCCUCCGGCAGCGUGGCCUCCUAUGAGUUUUCCCGCAUGGUGGAUUUCCUCUCCGAACUCCUCCUGCCGUUCUCCCUGGGCCCAGAUCAGGUGAGGGUGGGCCUGUUGCAGGUUGGGACCGAGCCCCAUCUGGAGUUUGGCUUUGAUGCCUACAGCUCCCAGCAAGGCCUGCAGGCGGCGCUGGAGAGGACUAAACAGCUGAAGGGCGACACCAACACUGUGGAGGCUCUUCUGAUGGCCAGGGCGCGGGUUUUGAGGGCCGGUGUCCCGGGAGGAGCGAGGCCGGAUCUGCCUCGCGUUCUGGUGUGGCUGACGGAUGGAGUGGAUCCAGGAGACGUGCAGGAGCCCAUGGCCAGGCUGAGGGACGAGGGUGUCGCUGUGCUGGUCGUCUCCACUGGACAUGGAAACUAUCAGGUGCUGAGGGAAGUCGUGAGUCCGCCUACUGAGGAGCAUCUGUUCUUCGUGGACAUCGACGACAUCAGCAUCAUCGCCGAAGACCUGAGAAAUGCAAUCAUUGAGAUCAUCCGCGCUGAGAGACUGCAGGUGAAGUCGGUCUCCUCCACCUCGGCUCAGCUGGAAUGGAGGCCUGUGCUGUCCGGCUCCAGCUCCGGAUACUACGACAUUAUAUUCGGCCCCGUGCGAACCGGACAGAUACCCGGAGUCCCUGGCAGUGCAGGCACAGGCUCAGAGUCAUUUCAGAGGAUCACAAGACCCGCACACUCCAGUUCUGCUCAGCUGAGCGGCCUGCGUCCUGACACCACAUACAACGUCACACUCACUGCCAAAAACAACCAGCAGACCAUCAACAAACUGCAGACCAGCUUCACCACACACACAGUGAAUCCUCCAGAGCCGCAGAUCCAGCUGUUGUCCUCUGUGUCCGUGUCGGAGUCGAGCUCCAACAGUGUGCGUGUCAGCUGGGCUCCACUUCUGCCGCGGCUCAUCCAGGAGUACCAGCUGGAGUACUCGGCUCUUCCCAGCGGCCCGCUCCGAGUGCUCCGAGUCAGCAACACGCACAACUCCACCGUCCUCACCAAUCUGCUGCCUGACACACAGUAUCUGCUCACCGUCAGCGCAAAACAGCCCUCGGGCAAAGAGAGAGCCAUGACGGUCAAAGUCUGCACACAAGAGGUGUUGCCGGCUCUGUCCGAUCUGCAGCUCACCUCAAUGGGCGACGAGGCAGUGCAGCUGCGCUGGAAGGGAAGUUUCGAUGGGCUCCGUGGAUACUGGGUCACGUGGGAGCGAGGACACAGCCAGCGCUCCACCCUGUACUUACCACCCAACCGCCUGUCCACCACUCUCAACCACGUGCCCUCCAGAGCCCGAGUCUGUGUUUCGCCUGUGUACAGGACGGCCCGCGGAGAGGGACUCUGCUGCACGGCUUGAGACGCAGUGUUGACUUGGAGCUGUGGAUCUGGCAAACACGCAGGACAGAGCGAUGAACAACAGCAGAAACUUUCCACAAAUGGACAGAUGGAGCUGUUUGAACACUCGUCACCCAUAGAUGGUGAUCUUUAAAACACAGCAACACAACAUGCACUGACACACAAACCGCAAAACCACACUAAAUGAGUCUGAACUUGAGGAUAUCUGAAGAAGGAGACUUUUAAAGGAAUGUUUGGGGUUCAGUUUGAGUUCAGCGCUAUUGACCGCACCACUGUCCAUUACCGCACACCAUAUUGACUCAGUUUGUAAACAAGUAAAAGAUAAAAUGCACAUUACAGUAUUGGACUUAUAGCAGAAGUCUUUGGGUCGAGAGCUUACAGUGGCUUUAAUCUGCUUAUUCAUAUAUAUUAUGUGUGUAAUUUAGCUGUUUGUGAAUGUAAAAGGUCUGAAAUGGUUUGAAUUGGAUGAUAAAAGGAGAUUUUAUUGAUUUUA